AUGUUGGGGAACAGUAUUGGUGACAUGGUCAAAUGUUGGGAGGCUAUGAAUGACAACUUAAAGUUACAAUUGAGUAAUAUUAGAGCUUCUUUUCAAAAGAGUUUUUAUGAAGUUGAGCACGCCCACGUAAGUCCAUUUUACAAUAAUUUAUGUGGUUCAGUGUCUCGAGAAGCAUUGAGACGCAUUGCUCAAGAGUUAAAACGAGUUGAUUAUGUUGGAACUAACAAGGAAAGAUGUCGUUGUACUCUUAGAACAACCUACGGAUUACCUUGUGCUUGUGAGUUGACAGGAUAUAGAAUUGAUGGUUUACCGAUACCAAUAGAUGUUGUACAUGUUCAUUGGAGAAAACUAAGUAUGGAAGUUAAGUUGGACGAAGAUGUAGAUGAUAGAUCAGAGGUGGAUAUGAAUAGUGCAAUAAAUGAGUUAUGGAAAAGGUUUAAGUCACUGGAUGUUGUUGGGAAAAGGGCAUUAAAAAGUAGGGUUUUUGAACUUGCCUUCCCUACAAUGACUUCUAUGUGUCCACCACCUGAGAAAAUAAAAACUAAAGGGGGAGUCAAGAAGAAAGACAAAAAACCAGUAGGAUAUGAUGUUUAUAGAGACCCUUCGUCGAGACUUGGGGUUGGAAAUAAUACAUAA